AUGGCGUUCGCAUAUACCCUUCCUCUCCGCAUCGUCCAAGCGGUCUUCGCCAUUAUCGUCCUCGGUUUAAUGGCCUAUGCCGCAGACGACUGGUCCUACUGGUGGAGUCCCGACUCCGUAAACUUCCUCGUCUUCGCCUCCGUCUGGACCCUCCUCGCUCUCAUCUACCUCAUUAUUUCCCCCACGCAUUUCCCCUCCGCCGCCCACAAAUUCGGUAUCCUAUUUGCCGAGGCCGUAACCAUGAUUUUUUGGUUCGCGGGUUUCAUUGCUGUCGCCGUUAUGCUUAAUAAUGUGGGUUGUGGUCAUAGUCAGUGGAGUGUUUGUCAGGCGAGUAUUGCGGGGGAUGUUUUUGCUGCUUUCUUGUGGUUGUUGUUCUUGGCUACUACUAUUAUGGCUGCAUUGCAUGUUUCUCGAAGCAGCAAGAAUAACAGUCAUCAUGAUCCUGCUAUGGAAGUUGCUGUUUAG